AUGCUGGUGAAGAUGCUGGUGUACGUGACGCUCGCCGUCGUCCUGCUGGCCGCACCGUUAUGCCGCGCAGAAGUCGAGUUCGAUGUCGGUGCGCGUAGCAAGCGGGGCCCGACCGUGGGACUGUUCGCGUUUCCUCGCGUUGGACGCAGCGACCCGGAGUUGGCGUCCGUCGAUUGGGAUCCGACGGCAGUGCUGCCAGCGGUCGACCUGGCCGACGACUACGAGGACUACCCCAUCCAGGAGAUCAAGCGCCAGGGGUUGGUGCCGUUCCCGCGCGUCGGCCGCUCCGGAGGUGGAGCCAAGUCGGAGCUGGGCGGAGCCGCGGCCCGCUACUGGUUGAUGGCCCGGGCGCUCCAGCAGCAGCAGCGAGCCCUCCAGCAGCAGAUGCUGAGCCAGCCGGGGCUCGUGAAGCGCGCCGGCGGCUCCGGGGCCAACAGUGGCAUGUGGUUCGGACCGAGGCUGGGCAAGCGGAGCCGCUCGGGGACAGCCUCCCAGGUGGGCAGCGCCGAGCAGCAGCAGCAACAGUUGGCCAAAGGCGACCAGCUGUAAGCCCCUCUUCAGCCUCGGCGUUUCGUCUCACUCCCAGUCUGCUGGCUCCAUAACGAGAAGGAUGAUUGGAUGACGCAAGGUUCCCGCCCUAUGUUUGCACCCCACUCCCAUUGUUUCCACCCCGCGCGACCACCAACCAGAACGAACCUCUCGAAGGGAAAACUACGUUAGUGCAGAGUGCUGAAAGACUUUUGCGUGAAGAACGAAGGUAAUGGUUAAAGAUCGUGCGUGAUCGAGCCACCAUUUGUCAGUUCGUUAGGACGGAAUGAAUAUGCGAUGGUGAAUUAUGCGAGCGAAAGGUAAAGGAUGUAGGCGUAACGACUGCAAAUGGAAGGGUGAACACCUGGCGCAAACCGUAUUUAGGGGAGCCGGAGAAACCUUCGAAGGCUGGAGGCAGCUGCCCGCAAGCUGCCUGGUUUCUCUCCGGCCCGCCCCCCCCGCCACCCCCUCGCACAGCUUCUCCCUUCGAAUGGUUCCCGCACCAAAAGCAUGGCCCAUUUCGGUUCCCCUUCCUUCCCCCCCGUCUGAUUAAAGGUAGAUAAAACCAGGCUCCCCCACUCCUCUCUAGGCCGCCCCACUCUCUGUGUCGGCAGUUACGGUAGUUGUUAGUAGUGACUAGAAGAAAACAAAAAAACCAAACACAUGGCGGUGAGCUGGGGCAAGACACACAGAAAAAUUGAGACAUUUAUGGAAAAUGAGCAUAACAAAACAAACAAAAAAAUGCAUAUAUGUAUGAAAAGAAACUAAACAAACAAACAAUCCCAUACUACAAACGA